AAGAGCCGCCUCCGCGCGCGGGGGCCCGGCCACUCGGAGCAGCUCCGCCGCGGGGACUGCACCGCCCGCCCUGCCGGACCCGCCCCGACCCGGGCUCGCCGCCUGCAGCAGCCGCAGCACCGCGACCUGGGGCCCCGCGCGGGCUAUGGCUGUGCCCGGGGGCUGAGCGCGCAGGCCGUGUGACCAAGAUUCCCGACAAGAGAGACUGAGAAGAGAGGAAGGAGGGGCGGGCUCCUGGCAAGGCAUCCGCUCCUGAACCCGAGUCCUGUAAAAGAUGGAGAAGGAAGAGGACACGACCCGGGAGCUGUUGCUGCCCAACUGGCAGGGCAGCGGCUCCCACGGGCUGACCAUCGCCCAGAGGGAUGACGGCGUCUUUGUGCAGGAGGUGAUGCAGAAUUCCCCUGCGGCCCGCACCGGGGUGGUCAAGGAGGGGGACCAGAUUGUGGGUGCCACCAUCUACUUCGACAACCUGCAGUCAGGUGAGGUGACCCAGCUGCUGAACACCAUGGGGCACCACACUGUGGGCCUGAAGCUGCAUCGCAAGGGGGACCGCUCCCCUGAGCCUGGCCAGACCUGGACCCACGAAGUCUUCAGCUCCCGCAGCUCCGAGGUGGUUCUGAGCGGGGACGAUGAGGCCUACCAGCGCAUCUACACCACGAAGAUCAAGCCUCGGCUGAGGUCGGAGGAUGGACUAGAAGGGGAUCCUGGGGAGACCCAGAGCCGCACCAUCACAGUGACUAGAAGGGUCACGGCCUACACUGUUGACGUGACAGGCCGCGAAGGAGCCAGGGAGAUUGAUAUCAGCAGCCCAGAGUUCAAGAUCAAGAUUCCACGGCAUGAACUGACUGAAAUCUCCACUUUGGAUGUGGACACCCAUCCUGGCAAGACCGUGAUCAGACUGCCCUCGGGCUCGGGGGCAGCGUCUCCUACCACAGGCUCUCUGGUGGACAUCCGAGCGGGGUCCGUUUCCGCUUCGGGACCAGAGCUCCAAGGUGCUGGCCACUCGAAGCUCCAGGUCACCGUGCCUGGGAUAAAGGUGGGGAGCCCAGGCGUCAAUGUCAGUGGAAAGGGCUUGGACUUGGGUGGCAAAGGAGGGGUCCAUGUGCCAGGAGUGGACAUUUCGUCUUCUCUUGGGGGAGGGGCAGUGGAGGUGCAGGACCCAUCUCUGGAGAGUGGCAGUUAUGGGAAAAUUAAAAUUCCCACUAUGAAGGUGCCAAAAUUCGGUGUCUCGACAGCACCCGAGGGCCAGGCGCCAGUGGCAGGGUUGAGUGUUUCUGCACCUGAAUUCUUUGUGGGGCACAAGGGUGGCACGCCAGGCCUGACCAUUGGCGGGAACAUCCAGACCCCUCAGCUAGAAGUCAGUGCUCCUUCUGCCAAUAUUGAGGGGCUUGAGGGGAAGCUGAAGGGCCCCCAAAUCACUGGGCCAUCCCUUGAGAGUGAAGUAGGCCUGAAAGGUGCCAAGCCACAGGGCAGCAUAGGGGCGGACAUCUCUGGGCCCAAAAUCGAGGGCACUAUCGCUGGCUCCAAUGUGGAGGUUCAAGCCCCUGACAUUGAUAUUCAUGGGCCUGGGGGCAAACUGAAUAUGCCCAAGAUGAAAGUUCCCAAAUUCUCCAUAUCAGGUUCUAAGGGAGAGGGCACUGGCAUUGAUGUGACACUGCCCACAGGUGAAGUGACUCUUCCUGGGAUCUCUGGGGACGUCAGCCUGCCUGAAGUUGCUGCUGGGGGGCUGGAAGGGAAGGUGAAGGGUACGAAAGUCAAGACUCCUGAAAUGAUGAUACAGAAACCGAAAAUCUCCAUGCAGGAUGUGGAUCUGAGCCUUGGAUCCCCUAAACUGAAGGGAGAUAUUAAGGUGUCAGGGCCUGGGGUGCAAGGUGAUGUUAAAGGCCCUCAAGUGGCAGUUAAAGGCUCCAAAGUGGACAUAGAGACACCUAGCCUUGAGGGGACCCUGACGGGACCCACCCUUAGUAGUCCUUCUGGGAAAACAGGAAUGUGUGGGAUCUCUAUGGCAGACGUAGAUCUAAAGGUGGCUGCACCUAAAGUGAAAGGGGGUGUAGAUGUCACACUCCCCAAAGUAGAAGGGAAAGUCAAAGUCCCUGAAGUGGAUGUCAAGGGCCCCAAGGUGGAUGUCAGUGCCCCAGGUGUGGAAGUUCAUGGCCCAGAAUGGAACCUGAAAAUGCCCAAGUUCAGCACUCCAAGAGUUGAAGGGGAAGGCCCAGAUGUAGACGUGAAACUACCCAAAGGAGAUGUCAGUAUUUCGGGGCCCAAGGUCAAUGUGGAGGCUCCAAAUGUCAACAUAGAGGGCCUGGGAGGCAAACUUAAAGGCCCUGAUAUCAAGCUGCCUGAAGUGAGUGCCAAGACACCGAAGGUCUCCAUACCUGAUGUUGAUUUGCAUGUUAAAGGCACAAAGGUUAAAGGAGAGUAUGAUGUAACAGCCCCCAAACUUGAAGGGGAACUGAAAGGCCCCAGAGUGGACAUUGAUGCCCCAGGUGUGGAUGUUCAGGGCCCAGACUGGCAUCUGAAGAUGCCCAAGAUGAAAAUGCCCAAGUUCAGUGUGCCUGGCUUCAAAGCAGAGGGCCCAGAAGUGGAUGUGAACCUGCCCAAGGCUGAUGUGGACAUUUCUGGGCACAAGGUAGAAGUUAGUGCUCCGGAUGUGAGCAUGGAGGGACCAGAAGGGAAAUUGAAAGGACCUAAGUUUAAGAUGCCUGAGAUGAAUAUCAAAGCCCCCAAGAUCUCCAUGCCAGAUGUGGACUUACAUUUGAAAGGCCCUAAAGUAAAAGGAGAAUAUGAUGUCACAGUGCCAAAAGUGGAAGGUGAGAUUAAAGUUCCUGAUGUUGAACUUAAAAGUGCCAAAGUGGAUAUCGAUGUUCCAGAUGUGGACGUUCGCGGCCCAGACUGGCACCUGAAGAUGCCCAAGAUGAAAAUGCCCAAGUUUAGUGUGCCUGGCUUCAAAGCAGAGGGCCCAGAAGUGGAUGUGAACCUGCCCAAGACUGACAUUGACAUCUCCGGACCCACAGUGGAUGUUGAAGUUCCAGAUGUGAACAUUGAAGGACCUGAAGGAAAGCUGAAGGGUCCCAAGUUUAAGAUGCCUGAGAUGAAUAUCAAGGCCCCUAAGAUCUCUAUGCCUGAUGUGGAUUUGCAUAUGAAAGGUCCCAAGGUCAAGGGAGAAUAUGAUGUUACAGUGCCAAAGAUGGAAGGGGAACUCAAAGGGCCAAAAGUAGACAUCAGUGCCCCAGAUGUUGAGGUUCAUGGUCCUGAAUGGAACCUAAAGAUGCCCAAGAUGAAAAUGCCCAAAUUUACCAUGCCCAGCCUCAAAGGGGAGGGCCCAGAAGUGGAUGUGAACCUUCCAAAGGCUGAUGUGGACAUUUCUGCACCCAAGGUAGAUAUUAGUGCUCCAGACUUGAGCCUUGAAGGACCAGAAGGAAAGUUGAAAGGCCCCAAGUUUAAGAUGCCUGAGAUGCACUUCAAAGCUCCUAAGAUGACUCUGCCAGAUGUUGACUUAGAUCUUAAAGGACCCAAAAUGAAAGGCAGUCUAGAUGUGUCAGCACCAAAAGUAGAAGGUGAGAUGAAAGUUCCAGAAGUGGACAUCAAAGGACCCAAGGUAGACAUUAAAGCACCAGAUGUGGAAGUCCAAGGUGCAGACUGGAGCCUGAAAAUGCCCAAGAUGAAAAUGCCCAAGUUCAGCGUGCCCGGCUUGAAAGGAGAGGGCCCAGAUGUGGAUGUGAACCUGCCCAAGGCUGACAUUGACAUCUCUGGACCCAAAGUUGACAUUGAAGCCCCAGAUGUGAGCCUUGAAGGUCCAGAAGGGAAGCUGAAGGGCCCCAAGUUUAAGAUGCCUGAGAUGCACUUCAAGACCCCCAAGAUCUCCAUGCCGGACAUGGACCUACACUUGAAAGGUCCUAAGGUGAAGGGGGAUGUGGACGUGUCUGUGCCCAAGAUAGAAGGUGAAAUGAAAGUGCCAGAUGUGGACAUCAAAGGACCCAAAGUGGACGUCGAUGUCCCAGAUGUGGAUGUUCACGGCCCAGACUGGAACUUGAAAAUGCCCAAGAUGAAAAUGCCCAAGUUCAGCAUGCCUGGCUUCAAAGGUGAGGCCCCAGAAGUGGAUGUGAACCUGCCCAAGGCUGACAUUGACAUCUCUGGACCCAAAGUGGACAUUGAAGCCCCAGAUGUUAACAUUGAAGGACCAGAAGGAAAGCUGAAAGGCCCCAAGUUUAAGAUGCCUGAGAUGCACUUCAAGGCUCCCAAGAUCUCUAUGCCUGAUGUGAACUUGAAUCUUAAGGGGCCAAAACUAAAGGGAGAUGUGGAUGUGUCUGUGCCUGAUGUGGAAGGUGAAAUAAAAGUUCCAGAUGUGGACAUUAAAGGGCCCAAAGUUGACAUCAGUGCUCCAGAUGUUCAAGGACCAGACUGGCACCUGAAGAUGCCCAAGGUGAAAAUGCCCAAGUUCAGCAUGCCUGGCUUCAAAGGAGAGGGCCCAGAAGUGGAUGUGAACCUGCCCAAGGCCAACAUUGAUGUCUCAGGGCCCAAGGUGGAUGUGGAAGUUCCAGAUGUCAAUAUCGAAGGUCCAGAUGUAAAAGUAAAAGGUCCUAAAUUUAAGAUGCCGGAAAUGAAUAUAAAGCCUCAGAAGAUAUCCAUGCCAGAUGUUGGUUUGCAUUUGAAAGGACCUAAAAUGAAAGGUGAUUAUGAUGUUACAGUUCCAAAAAUAGAAGGAGAGAUAAAAGCUCCUGAUGUUGACAUCAAAGGUCCCAAAGUGGAUAUUAAUGCACCAGAUAUGGGAGUUCAUGGCCCAGACUGGCAUCUAAAGAUGCCCAAAGUGAAAAUGCCCAAAUUCAGCAUGCCAGGCUUCAAAGGAGAAGGCCCAGAAGUGGAUGUGAACCUGCCCAAGGCCAACAUUGAUGUCUCAGGUCCCAAGGUGGAUGUUGAAGUUCCAGAUGUGAAUAUUGAAGGUCCAGAGGGGAAACUAAAGGGUCCCAAGUUCAAGAUGCCAAGCAUGAAUAUACAGACACACAAAAUCUCUAUGCCUGAUGUUGGACUUAAUCUAAAAGCCCCUAAACUGAAAACUGAUGUAGAUGUUUCCCUUCCCAAAGUGGAAGGAGACUUGAAGGCUCCUGAAAUUGACAUGAAGGCCCCAAAGAUGGAUGUGAAUGUUGGUGAUAUUGAUAUUGAAGGUCCAGAAGGGAAGCUGAAAGGUCCUAAGUUUAAGAUGCCAGACAUGCACUUCAAGACUCCCAAGAUCUCCAUGCCUGAUGUGGACUUACACCUGAAAGGCCCCAAAGUCAAAGGGGAUGCAGACAUGUCUAUGCCAAAGAUAGAAGGUGAAAUGAAAGUGCCAGAUGUGGACAUCAAAGGGCCCAAAGUGGACAUUGAUGUCCCAGAUGUGGAUGUUCAAGGCCCAGACUGGCACCUGAAGAUGCCCAAGGUGAAAAUGCCCAAGUUCAGUAUGCCUGGCUUCAAAGGUGAGGGUCCAGAAGUUGAUGUGAACCUGCCCAAGGCUGACAUUAAUGUGUCUGGCCCCAAAGUGGACAUUGAUGCUCCUGAUUUGGAUAUAGAGGGACCAGAAGGAAAAUUAAAGGGCUCUAAAUUUAAGAUGCCUAAACUGAAUAUCAAAGCUCCUAAGAUAUCCAUGCCAGAUGUAGACUUGAAUUUGAAGGGACCCAAAGUGAAAGGAGAAAUUGAUGCUUCUGUGCCUGAGCUAGAAGGUGAUCUCAGAGGUCCACAAGUUGAUAUCAGAGGUCCUAGUGUGGAUGUGGAGAUGCCUGACGUUGAUCUGGAAUGUCCUGAUGCAAAGUUGAAAGGCCCUAAGUUUAAGAUGCCUGAGAUGCACUUCAAGACCCCCAAGAUCUCCAUGCCGGACGUAGACUUACACUUGAAAGGUCCGAAGGUGAAGGGGGAUGUGGAUGUGUCUGUGCCCAAGAUAGAAGGUGACAUCUCUGGACCCAAAGUGGACAUUGAAGCCCCAGAUGUUAACAUUGAAGGACCAGAAGGAAAGCUGAAAGGCCCCAAGUUUAAGAUGCCUGAGAUGCACUUCAAGGCUCCCAAGAUCUCUAUGCCUGAUGUGAACUUGAAUCUUAAGGGGCCAAAACUAAAGGGAGAUGUGGACGUAUCUGUGCCAAAAUUGGAAGGAGAUUUGAAAGGCCCCAGCAUGGAUGUGGAGAUGCCUGACGUUGAUCUGGAAUGUCCUGAUGCAAAGUUGAAAGGCCCUAAGUUUAAGAUGCCAGACAUGCACUUCAAGACCCCCAAGAUCUCCAUGCCCGAUGUGGACUUACACUUGAAAGGCCCCAAAGUGAAAGGGGAUGUGGACGUGUCUGUGCCCAAGAUAGAAGGUGAAAUGAAUGUGCCAGAUGUGGACAUUAAAGGCCCCAAAGUAGACAUCGAUGUCCCUGAUGUGGACGUUCACGGCCCAGACUGGCACCUGAAGAUGCCCAAGAUGAAAAUGCCCAAGUUCAGCAUGCCUGGCUUCAAAGGUGAGGGCCCAGAUGUGGAUGUGAACCUUCCCAAGGCUGACAUUGACAUCUCUGGACCCAAGGUGGACAUUGAAGCGCCGGAUAUGAACAUUGAGGGUCCAGAAGGAAAACUGAAAGGCCCUAAGUUCAAGAUGCCUGAAAUGCACUUUCAUGCCCCUAAGAUCUCCAUGCCUGAUGUUGACUUCAACUUAAAAGGGCCUAAAGUCAAAGGAGACUUUGAUGUUUCUGCCCCAAAGCUGGAGGGAGAGUUAAAGGGUCCAGAAGUGGAUGUCAAAGGUCCCAAAUUGGAUGUUGACAUACCAGACGUAGCUGUGGAAGGUCCAGAUGGCAAAUGGAAAAGUCCUAAAUUUAAGAUGCCAGACAUGCACUUUAAAGCUCCCAAAAUCUCCAUGCCAGACAUUGAUCUACACUUAAAAAGUCCCAAGAUAAAGGGAGAAGUGGAUGUUGAUGCUCCCAAAUUGGAAGGUGACCUCAAAGGGCCAGACCUCAAAGGUGAUAUCAGUGGGCCCAAUAUCGACAUUGAAGGACCAGAGGGCAAAUUGAAAGGUCCCAAAUUCAAGAUGCCUGACAUGCAUUUUAAAGCCCCAAAUAUUUCUAUGCCUGAUGUGGACCUAAAUUUGAAAGGACCAAAAAUCAAGGGGGAUGUUGAUGUGUCUGUGCCUGAGGUAGAAGGUAAAAUUAAAGUACCAGAUGUGAACAUCAAGGGCCCCAAAGUAGACAUAAAUGCUCCGGAUGUCCAUGGCCCAGACUGGCACCUGAAAAUGCCCAAGAUGAAGAUGCCCAAGUUCAGCAUGCCUGGCUUCAAAGGAGAAGGCCCAGAUGUGGAUGUGAACCUACCCAAGGCUGACAUUGAUGUCUCAGGCCCCAAGGUGGACAUUGAAGGCCCUGAUGUUAACAUUGAGGGUCCUGAGGGAAAGUUGAAAGGUCCUAAGUUCAAGAUGCCUGAGAUGAACAUCAAAGCCCCCAAGAUCUCCAUGCCUGACUUUGAUUUGCACCUGAAAGGUCCUAAGGUAAAGGGGGAUGUGGAUGUGUCUGUGCCCAAAGUGGAAGGUGACCUCAAGGGCCCUGAAGUUGACAUCAAGGGCCCCAAAGUGGACGUUGAUGUCCCAGAUGUGGAUGUCCACGGCCCAGAGUGGCACCUGAAGAUGCCCAAGAUGAAAAUGCCCAAGUUCAGCAUGCCUGGCUUCAAAGGCGAAGGCCCAGAAGUGGAUGUGAACCUGCCCAAGGCUGACAUUGAUGUCUCAGGCCCCAAGGUGGACAUUGAAGGCCCCGAUGUUAACGUUGAGGGUCCUGAGGGAAAGCUGAAAGGUCCUAAGUUCAAGAUGCCUGAGAUGAACAUCAAGGCCCCCAAGAUCUCCAUGCCUGACUUUGAUUUGCACCUGAAAGGUCCCAAGGUAAAGGGUGAUGUGGAUGUGUCUGUGCCCAAAGUGGAAGGUGACCUCAAGGGGCCUGAAGUUGACAUCAAGGGCCCCAAAGUAGACAUUGAUGUCCCAGAUGUGGAUGUCCACGGCCCAGAGUGGCACCUGAAAAUGCCCAAGGUGAAAAUGCCCAAGUUCAGCAUGCCUGGCUUCAAAGGCGAAGGCCCAGAAGUGGAUGUGAACCUGCCUAAGGCUGACAUAGAUGUGUCAGGACCCAAGGUGGAUGUUGAAUGUCCUGAUGUGAAUAUUGAAGGACCUGAAGGAAAGUGGAAAAGUCCAAAGUUUAAGAUGCCUGAAAUGCAUUUGAAGACUCCAAAGAUAUCCAUGCCAGAUAUUGAUCUUAAUUUAACAGGUCCAAAAAUAAAAGGAGAUGUGGAUGUCACAGGUCCCAAGUUAGAGGGAGAACUGAAAGGCCCUGAAGUCGACCUCAAAGGCCCCAAAGUGGACAUUGAUGUCCCAGAUGUGGAUGUUCAUGGCCCAGACUGGCACCUGAAAAUGCCCAAGAUGAAAAUGCCCAAGUUCAGCAUGCCUGGCUUCAAAGGAGAAGGCCCAGAUGUGGAUGUGAACCUACCCAAGGCUGACAUUGAUGUCUCAGGCCCCAAGGUGGACAUUGAAGGCCCCGAUGUUAACAUUGAGGGUCCUGAGGGAAAGUUGAAAGGUCCUAAGUUCAAGAUGCCUGAGAUGAACAUCAAAGCCCCCAAGAUCUCCAUGCCUGACUUUGAUUUGCACCUGAAAGGUCCUAAGGUAAAGGGGGAUGUGGAUGUGUCUGUGCCCAAAGUGGAAGGUGACCUCAAGGGCCCUGAAGUUGACAUCAAGGGCCCCAAAGUGGACGUUGAUGUCCCAGAUGUGGAUGUCCACGGCCCAGAGUGGCACCUGAAGAUGCCCAAGAUGAAAAUGCCCAAGUUCAGCAUGCCUGGCUUCAAAGGCGAAGGCCCAGAAGUGGAUGUGAACCUGCCCAAGGCUGACAUUGAUGUCUCAGGCCCCAAGGUGGACAUUGAAGGCCCCGAUGUUAACGUUGAGGGUCCUGAGGGAAAGCUGAAAGGUCCUAAGUUCAAGAUGCCUGAGAUGAACAUCAAGGCCCCCAAGAUCUCCAUGCCUGACUUUGAUUUGCACCUGAAAGGUCCCAAGGUAAAGGGUGAUGUGGAUGUGUCUGUGCCCAAAGUGGAAGGUGACCUCAAGGGCCCUGAAGUUGACAUCAAGGGCCCCAAAGUAGACAUUGAUGUCCCAGAUGUGGAUGUCCACGGCCCAGACUGGCACCUGAAGAUGCCCAAGAUGAAAAUGCCCAAGUUCAGCAAGCCUGGCUUCAAAGGCGAAGGCCCAGAAGUGGAUGUGAACCUGCCCAAGGCUGACAUUGAUGUCUCAGGCCCCAAGGUGGACAUUGAAGGCCCCGAUGUUAACGUUGAGGGUCCUGAGGGAAAGCUGAAAGGUCCUAAGUUCAAGAUGCCUGAGAUGAACAUCAAGGCCCCCAAGAUCUCCAUGCCUGACUUUGAUUUGCACCUGAAAGGUCCCAAGGUAAAGGGGGAUGUGGAUGUGUCUGUGCCCAAAGUGGAAGGUGACCUCAAGGGCCCUGAAGUUGACAUCAAGGGCCCCAAAGUAGACAUUGAUGUCCCAGAUGUGGAUGUCCACGGCCCAGAGUGGCACCUGAAAAUGCCCAAGGUGAAAAUGCCCAAGUUCAGCAUGCCUGGCUUCAAAGGCGAAGGCCCAGAAGUGGAUGUGAACCUGCCUAAGGCUGACAUAGAUGUGUCAGGACCCAAGGUGGAUGUUGAAUGUCCUGAUGUGAAUAUUGAAGGACCUGAAGGAAAGUGGAAAAGUCCAAAGUUUAAGAUGCCUGAAAUGCAUUUGAAGACUCCAAAGAUAUCCAUGCCAGAUAUUGAUCUUAAUUUAACAGGUCCAAAAAUAAAAGGAGAUGUGGAUGUCACAGGUCCCAAGUUAGAGGGAGAACUGAAAGGCCCUGAAGUCGACCUCAAAGGCCCCAAAGUGGACAUUGAUGUCCCAGAUGUGGAUGUUCAUGGCCCAGACUGGCACCUGAAAAUGCCCAAGAUGAAAAUGCCCAAGUUCAGCAUGCCUGGCUUCAAAGGAGAAGGCCCAGAUGUGGAUGUGAACCUACCCAAGGCUGACAUUGAUGUCUCAGGCCCCAAGGUGGACAUUGAAGGCCCCGAUGUUAACAUUGAGGGUCCUGAGGGAAAGUUGAAAGGUCCUAAGUUCAAGAUGCCAGAGAUGAACAUCAAGGCCCCCAAGAUCUCCAUGCCUGACUUUGAUUUGCACCUGAAAGGUCCCAAGGUAAAGGGGGAUGUGGAUGUGUCUGUGCCCAAAGUGGAAGGUGACCUCAAGGGCCCUGAAGUUGACAUCAAGGGCCCCAAAGUGGACGUUGAUGUCCCAGAUGUGGAUGUCCACGGCCCAGAGUGGCACCUGAAGAUGCCCAAGGUGAAAAUGCCCAAGUUCAGCAUGCCUGGCUUCAAAGGCGAAGGCCCAGAAGUGGAUGUGAACUUGCCCAAGGCUGACAUUGAUGUCUCAAGCCCCAAGGUGGACAUUGAAGGUCCUGAUGUUAACAUUGAAGGACCUGAGGGAAAGUUGAAAGGUCCUAAGUUCAAGAUGCCUGAGAUGAACAUCAAAGCCCCCCAGAUCUCCAUGCCAGACAUUGAUCUUAACCUGAAGGGCCCUAAAGUGAAGGGUGAUGUGGAUGUGUCUUUACCCAAGGUGGAAGGUGAGAUUAAAGUUCCUGAAGUUGACCUCAAGGGCCCCAAGGUGGAUGUUGAUGUUCCAGAUGUUGAUGUCCAUGGCCCAGAUUGGCACCUGAAGAUGCCCAAGAUAAAAAUGCCCAAGAUCAGCAUGCCAGGCUUCAAAGGAGAAGGCCCAGAAGUUGACGUGAACCUCCCCAAGGCUGACAUUGAUGUCUCAGGACCCAAGGUAGAUAUUGAUGUUCCAGAUGUGAAUAUUGAAGGUCCAGAUGCAAAACUGAAGGGCCCCAAGUUCAAGAUGCCAGAGAUGAACAUCAAAGCUCCUAAGAUAUCCAUGCCAGAUUUGGACCUUAAUCUUAAAGGCCCUAAAAUGAAAGGAGAGGUGGAUGUUUCCCUUCCAAAUGUAGAAGGUGAUAUGAAAGGGCCUACUAUUGACAUCAAAGGCCCAAAGAUAGAUGUAGAUGCUCCAGAUAUUGACAUUCAUGGCCCUGAAGGCAAAUUGAAAGGUCCGAAACUGAAGAUGCCAGACAUGCAUGUAAACAUGCCCAAGAUCUCCAUGCCAGAAAUUGACCUGAAUUUGAAAGGCGCAAAGCUUAAGGGAGAUGUUGAUGUUUCUGGGCCCAAACUGGAAGGUGACGUUAAAGCUCCCAAGUUGGAUGUAAAGGGCCCAGAAGUGGACAUUUCUGGUCCUAAGGUCAAUCUUGAAGGCAAGUCAAAGAAAUCACGCUUUAAGCUUCCCAAAUUUAAUUUUUCAGGCUCCAAAGUUCAGACACCUGAGGUGGAUGUCAAAGUUAAAAAGCCAGAUAUCGAUGUGACAGGUCCAAAAGUUGAUAUUAAUGCUCCUGAUGUUGAGGUCCAAGGAAAAGUGAAGGGAUCCAAGUUCAAAAUGCCUUUCCUGAGUAUUUCAUCUCCUAAAGUUUCUAUGCCUGAUGUGGAGUUAAAUCUGAAAAGUCCUAAAGUCAAAGGAGACUUAGAUGUUACAGCUCCUAAUUUAGAAGGUGACCUUAAAGGAUCCAAAGUAGAUAUUAAAGCACCAGAAGUUCAUCUUGAUGCACCUGAUAUGGAUGUUCAUGGUCCAGAUUGGAAUUUGAAAAUGCCCAAAAUGAAAAUGCCCAAGUUUGGUGUGCCUGGCUUAAAAGCGGAAGGGCCAGAAAUGGCUGUAGAUCUGCCAAAAGGAGAUAUCAACAUAGAGGGUCCCAGAAUGGACAUUGAGGGUCCGGAAAUCAAUGUGGAAGGUAUAGAAGGAGGCCUAAAAGGUCCCAAACUCAAGAUGCCUGACAUCAAUAUCAAAACUCCCAAGAUCUCCAUGCCUGACAUUGAUUUAAACCUGAAGGGUCCCAAGAUGAAAGGUGAUAUGGAUGUUUCUUUGCCCAAAGUCGAAGGGGAUCUGAAAGGGCCAGAGAUUGAUAUCAAAGGGCCCAAAGUGGACAUUGAUGCCCCUGGUGUGGAUGUUCAUGGCCCAGACUGGCACCUGAAAAUGCCCAAGGUGAAAAUGCCCAAGUUCAGCAUGCCUGGCUUCAAAGGCGAAGGCCCAGAUGUGGAUGUUACUCUCCCUAAAGCUGACAUUGAUAUUUCUGGCCCCAAAGUGGACAUUGAUGCCCCAGAUGUGAAUAUUGAAGGCCCAGAUGCAAAACUGAAGGGCCCCAAGUUCAAGAUGCCUGAGAUGAACAUCAAAGCCCCCAAAAUCUCCAUGCCUGACCUUGAUCUGAGCUUGAAGGGCCCCAAAAUGAAAGGAGAUGUGGAUAUGUCUUUGCCAAAAGUAGAAGGUGACCUAAAGGGCCCUGAGGUGGACAUCAAGGGCCCCAAAGUGGACAUUGACACUCCCGAUAUUAACAUUGAAGGCCCAGAGGGGAAACUAAAGGGGCCCAAAUUCAAGAUGCCAGAGAUGCACCUAAAGACUCCUAAGAUCUCCAUGCCUGAUAUUGAUUUAAACCUGAAGGGCCCCAAGGUGAAGGGUGAUGUGGAUGUUUCCCUUCCCAAGUUUGAAGGGGAUCUGAAAGGCCCUGAAGUGGACCUCAAAGGUCCCAAAGUGGACAUUGAUGCCCCUGAUGUGGAUGUUCAUGGACCUGACUGGCACCUGAAAAUGCCCAAGAUAAAAAUGCCCAAAAUCAGCAUGCCUGGCUUCAAAGGAGAAGGCCCAGAAGUGGAUGUGAACCUGCCCAAGGCUGACAUUGAUGUCUCAGGCCCCAAGGUGGACAUUGAAGGCCCUGAUGUUAACAUUGAGGGUCCUGAGGGAAAGUUGAAAGGUCCUAAGUUCAAGAUGCCUGAGAUGAACAUCAAAGCCCCCAAGAUCUCCAUGCCUGACUUUGAUUUGCACCUGAAAGGCCCCAAGGUCAAAGGAGAUGUGGAUGUUUCCCUGCCUAAGGUGGAAGGUGACCUCAAGGGGCCUGAAGUUGACAUCAAGGGCCCCAAAGUAGAUGUUGAUGUCCCAGAUGUGGAUGUCCACGGCCCAGACUGGCACCUGAAGAUGCCCAAGGUGAAAAUGCCCAAGUUCAGCAUGCCUGGCUUCAAAGGCGAAGGCCCAGAAGUGGAUGUGAACCUGCCCAAGACCGACAUUAAUGUCUCAGGACCCAAGGUGGACAUUGAUGUUCCAGAUGUCAAUAUUGAAGGUCCAGAUGCAAAACUGAAGGGCCCCAAGUUCAAGAUGCCUGAGAUGAACAUCAAGGCCCCCAAGAUCUCCAUGCCUGACUUUGAUUUGCACCUGAAAGGCCCCAAGGUCAAAGGAGAUGUGGAUGUUUCUCUGCCUAAGGUGGAAGGUGAACUAAAGGCCCCUGAAGUUGACAUCAAAGGGCCCAAAGUGGACAUCGAUGUCCCUGAUGUGGAUGUUCAUGGUCCAGACUGGCACCUGAAGAUGCCCAAGGUGAAAAUGCCCAAGUUCAGCAUGCCCGGCUUCAAAGGAGAAGGCCCAGAAGUGGAUGUGAACCUGCCCAAGGCCGACAUUGACAUCUCAGGACCCAAGGUGGACAUUGACACUCCUGAUGUUGACAUUCAUGGCCCAGAAGGGAAACUGAAGGGUCCCAAGUUUAAAAUGCCUGACCUGCACCUCAAGACACCCAAGAUCUCCAUGCCUGAAGUGGACCUGAAUCUGAAGGGUCCCAAGGUAAAGGGUGAUGUGGAUGUGUCUCUGCCCAAAGUUGAAGGUGACCUCAAGGGCCCUGAAGUUGACAUCAAGGGCCCCAAGGUGAACGUUGAUGUCCCAGAUGUUGAUGUCCAUGGCCCAGACUGGCACCUGAAAAUGCCCAAGGUGAAAAUGCCCAAGUUCAGCAUGCCCGGCUUCAAAGGAGAAGGCCCAGAAGUGGAUGUGAACCUGCCCAAGGCCGACAUUGACAUCUCAGGACCCAAGGUGGACAUUGAUGUUCCAGAUGUCAAUAUCGAAGGUCCAGAUGCAAAACUGAAGGGCCCCAAGUUCAAGAUGCCAGAGAUGAACAUCAAAGCUCCUAAGAUCUCCAUGCCUGAUAUUGACUUAAACCUGAAAGGUCCCAAGGUAAAGGGUGAUGUGGAUGUGUCUCUGCCCAAAGUGGAAGGUGACCUCAAGGGCCCCGAAAUUGACAUCAAAGGGCCCAAAUUGGACAUCGAUGCCCCUGAUGUGGACGUUCACGGCCCAGACUGGCACCUAAAGAUGCCCAAGGUGAAAAUGCCUAAGUUCAGCAUGCCUGGCUUCAAAGGCGAAGGCCCAGAUGUGGAUGUUACUCUCCCUAAAGCUGACAUUGAUAUUUCUGGCCCCAAAGUGGACCUUGAUGCCCCGGAUGUGAACAUCGAAGGUCCAGAUGCGAAAUUGAAGGGCCCCAAGUUCAAAAUGCCAGAGAUGCACAUCAAAGCUCCCAAAAUCUCCAUGCCUGACCUUGACUUUAACCUGAAGGGCCCCAAAAUGAAGGGUGAUGUGGAUGUUUCUUUGCCCAAGGUGGAAGGUGACCUCCAGGGCCCUGAAAUUGACAUCAAGGGCCCCAAAUUGGACAUUGACACUCCUGAUGUCAAUAUUGAAGGCCCAGAAGGAAAACUGAAGGGACCCAAAUUUAAGAUGCCAGAGAUGCAUAUUAAAGCCCCCAAGAUCUCCAUGCCUGACUUUGACUUAAAUUUGAAAGGGCCCAAAGUAAAGGGGGAUGUGGACCUUUCAUUACCUAAGGUGGAAGGUGAUCUAAAAGGGCCAGAGGUGGACAUUGAAGGUCCUGAAGGGAAGCUCAAAGGUCCCAAAUUUAAGAUGCCUGAUGUCCAUUUCAAAACCCCACAAAUCUCCAUGAGCGACAUUGAUUUGAACUUGAAAGGACCUAAGAUAAAGGGAGAUUUGGAUAUUUCCAUUCCUAAACUGGAAGGAGAUCUGAAAGGCCCCAAAGUGGAUGUUAAAGGCCCUAAUCUGGACAUAGACACUCCUGAUGUUGACAUUCAUGGCCCAGAAGGGAAACUGAAGGGUCCCAAGUUUAAAAUGCCUGACCUGCACCUCAAGACACCCAAGAUCUCCAUGCCUGAAGUGGACCUGAAUCUGAAGGGUCCCAAGGUAAAGGGUGAUGUGGAUGUGUCUCUGCCCAAAGUUGAAGGUGACCUCAAGGGCCCUGAAGUUGACAUCAAGGGCCCCAAGGUGAACGUUGAUGUCCCAGAUGUUGAUGUCCAUGGCCCAGACUGGCACCUGAAAAUGCCCAAGGUGAAAAUGCCCAAGUUCAGCAUGCCCGGCUUCAAAGGAGAAGGCCCAGAAGUGGAUGUGAACCUGCCCAAGGCCGACAUUGACAUCUCAGGACCCAAGGUGGACAUUGAUGUUCCAGAUGUCAAUAUCGAAGGUCCAGAUGCAAAACUGAAGGGCCCCAAGUUCAAGAUGCCAGAGAUGAACAUCAAAGCUCCUAAGAUCUCCAUGCCUGAUAUUGACUUAAACCUGAAAGGUCCCAAGGUAAAGGGUGAUGUGGAUGUGUCUCUGCCCAAAGUGGAAGGUGACCUCAAGGGCCCCGAAAUUGACAUCAAAGGGCCCAAAUUGGACAUCGAUGCCCCUGAUGUGGACGUUCACGGCCCAGACUGGCACCUAAAGAUGCCCAAGGUGAAAAUGCCUAAGUUCAGCAUGCCUGGCUUCAAAGGCGAAGGCCCAGAUGUGGAUGUUACUCUCCCUAAAGCUGACAUUGAUAUUUCUGGCCCCAAAGUGGACCUUGAUGCCCCGGAUGUGAACAUCGAAGGUCCAGAUGCGAAAUUGAAGGGCCCCAAGUUCAAGAUGCCAGAGAUAAAUAUCAAGGCUCCCAAAAUCUCCAUGCCUGAUGUUGACCUGGAUUUGAAAGGACCCAGAGUCAAAGGAGAUUUUGAUGUGUCCGUCCCUAAGAUUGAAGGUACUUUCAAAGGGCCAGAAGUAGACCUUAAGGGUUCAGGUCUGGAUUUUGAAGGCCCGGAUGCCAAACUCAGUGGCCCAAAUUUGAAGAUGCCGUCGCUGGAUAUGUCUGCACCUAGAGUAGCUGUUCCUGAUGUUGAUUUGCAUUUUAAGGCACCCAAAAUUGGGGUUUCUGGUCCCAAGUUGGAAGGUGCUGAACUGGACCUCAAAGGGCCCAAGGUUGAUUUAGAAGCUCCAAGCUUAGAUGUACACACAGAGAGCCCAGAUAUUAAUAUUGAGGGGCCAGACAUUAAAAUUCCCAAAUUUAAGAAACCCAAGUUUGGUUUUGGGGCAAAAAGCCCGAAAGCUGACUUCAAGUCACCUGCCCUGGAUGUGACUGUUCCUGAGGCAGAGCUGAACGUGGAGACUCCUGAAAUUAGUGUUGGUGGCAAGGGCAAGAAGAGUAAGUUUAAAAUGCCCAAAAUUCACAUGAGUGGCCCUAAAAUGAAGGCCAAAAAACAGGGAUUUGAUUUGAGUGUUCCUGGGGGUGAAAUUGAUGCCAGUGUCAAGCCUCCUGAUGCAGAUGUCAGCGUCACCGGGCCAGACGCCACACUUAAAGCUGAUGUGAAAUCCCCCAAAACCAAGAAACCAAUGUUUGGGAAAAUGUACUUUCCAGAUGUAGAAUUUGACAUUAAAUCACCUAAAUUUAAAGCUGAGGCCCCCCUCCCUAGCCCCAAACUGGAGGGUGAAAUCCAGGCUCCUGACGUGGAUGUUUCUUCACCGGGGAUUCAUGUGGAAGGUCCCGACGUCAAGCUGAAGGCUCCCAAGUUCAAGCUGCCGGGUAUGGAUGUCUCAGGAGGAAAAAUAGAGGGUGACUGGAAAGGCCCCAGGGUGCAGGCAAACUUGGACGCACCUGAUAUCAACAUUGAAGGCCCUGAUGCUGAAGUCAAAACACCGUCGUUCGGCAUUUCUGGCCCCCAGGUCUCCAUCCCCGACGUGAACGUUAGCUUGAAAGGACCAAAGAUAAAGGGUGAUGUCCCCAGUGUGGGACUGGAAGGACCAGACAUAGAUCUGCAAGGUCCGGAAUCAAAGAUCAAGUUCCCCAAGUUUUCAAUGCCCAAGAUUGGUGUCCCUGGUGUGAAGAUGGAAGGGGGAGGAGCUGAGGUCCAUGCCCAGCUGCCCUCUCUCGAAGGAGGCUUGAGUGCACCCGAUGUUAAGCUUGAAGGGCCGGAUGUGUCUCUGAAAGGGCCAAAAGUCUCUAUGCCAAAAGUCUCUGGACCUGACCUUGACCUGAACUUGAAAGGACCAAGUUUGAAGGGAGACCUGGAUGCCUGUGUUCCAGGUGUGAAGGUGCACGCCCCAGGGCUUGACCUCAGAGGUCAAGGUGGAAAGGUGAGGCUGGAAGGAGACAGUGUGAAAGUGCCUGGGAUCGACGCCUCGCUAAACCUUGGCGCCCCAGACGUGACCCUGAAGGGACCAAGUCUACAGGGAGACCUGGCUGUCUCUGGUGACAUCAAAUGCCCCAAAGUAUCAGUAGGUGCUCCUGACCUAAGCUUGGAGGCCCCCGAAGGUGGCAUUAAACUUCCCAAAAUGAAGCUGCCCCAGUUUGGCAUCUCGACUCCAGCGUCCGACUUGGACAUGAAUGUCAAAGGGCCACAAGUGACUGGAGAACUACAGGCACCAGGCGUGGAUGUGAACCUCGGGGGCCUGAGCCUGAAAGGGCCUCAGAUCUCUGGCCCUCAAAUCUCAGCCCCAGACAUGGACUUGAACUUGGAAGGACCAAAAAUAAAAGGGAGCCUCGGGGCCACUGGUGAGAUGAAAGGCCCCACGGUUGGAGGAGGUCUUCCAGGCAUCAGUGUUCAAGGCCUCGAAGGAAACCUCCAGAUGCCUGGAAUUAAGUCCUCUGGAUGUGAUUUGGAGCUGCCAGGUGUGAAUGUGAAACUCCCCACGGGGCAGAUUUCUGGUCCUGAAAUCAAAGGCGAUCUGAAAGGUUCAGGGAUAGGUUUCCAUGGGGCUGCUCCCGACAUUAGCGUCAAGGGGCCUUCACUUAACGUGGCCUCUCCUGAGUCAGAUUUCGGUGUCAGCUUGAAGGGCCCGAAAAUCAAAGGAGGUGUGGAUGUUUCAGGGGGUGUCAGCGCCCCAGCUGUCAGCUUGGGCGAAGGGCACGUGAGUGUCAAAGGACCCCAGGCCUCCUCUGCUCUCAACCUGGAUGCACCGAGGUUCACUGGGGGACUUCACUUCUCAGGACCAAAGGGAGAAGGAGGUGUGAAAGGAGGCCAGGUUGGACUCCAGGGUCCUGGGCUGAGUGUGUCUGGGUCUCCAGGUCACUUGGAAAGCAGAUCUGGAAAAGUAACAUUCCCCAAGAUGAAGAUCCCCAAAUUCACCUUCUCUGGCCGUGAGCUGGUUGGCAGAGAAGUGGGGGUAGAUAUUAACUUCCCCAAAGCGGAGGCCACUGUCCAGGCCGGGGCUGGAGAGGGCGAGUGGGAAGAGUCUGACGUAAAACUUAAAAAGUCCAAAAUCAAAAUGCCCAAGUUCAAUUUUUCCAAACCUAAAGGGAAAGGUGGUGUCACGGGCUCCCCGGAAGCAUCCGUUUCAGGGUCCAAAGGCGACCUGAAAAGCUCGAAGGCCAGCCUAGGUUCUCUGGAAGGGGACGCCGAGGCUGAGAUGUCAUCACCCAAAGGCAAAUUCUCCUUAUUUAAAAGUAAGAAGCCCCGGCACCGCUCAAAUUCCUUCAGUGACGAAAGGGAGCUCUCGGCGCCUUCCACCCCGACCGGGACUUUGGAGUUUGAAGGUGGGGAAGUGUCCCUGGAAGGUGGGAAAGCCAAAGGGAAACACGGAAAGCUGAAAUUUGGUACCUUUGGGGGAUUGGGGUCAAAGAGCAAAGGUCACUAUGAGGUGACUGGGAGCGAUGACGAGACAGGCAAGUUACAGGGGAGCGGAGUGUCCUUGGCCUCUAAGAAGUCCCGACUGUCCUCUUCUUCCAGCAAUGACAGUGGGACUAAGGUUGGCAUCCAGCUUCCCGAGGUGGAGCUGGUGGUCUCCAAGAAAGAGUAGCAGGCCUGUGUGUGUGUGUACAUACAUGUAUAAAAAUACAUCAGCCCUGGGUGUGUUUGUAUAUAAACUCCGAGCGGAAACACGCCGACAGCCUCAGCGUAGUGCAAAGAUCUGGUCUCUGCCCUCUGCCCUCUGGCGAGUGCUGAAAAAGCCAACCAGCCGCCUUCCUGCUCCUGGCCCGCCUGGAGCUUUCCAGAUGGGAGUAAAGGGCUCCAAGUUCGUCCAGCCCAUGUGCAGAGCCAACAGUAUUUGCCUUGAGAUUUCAGUUUCUUUCUUUUUUUCUUUUGCAUUGAACGCUGAGAGCUCCUGUUUACUAAGCAAGCUUUUGUGUUUAUUAUCCUCAUUUUUACGGAAUAUUGUUAGUGUCGGGGUAAUGGAAACCCACUUUUUCAUUGUAAUGACUUUGGGGGCUUUUUUUUUAGUGAGGGUGGGGUGGGGUAGAAGGCAGUAGAGGGGGCCAGACCUCCACUUCUCCUAAGAUUGAAUCUAUCUGAACAGCAAACACCCAAAGGGGGCCGAGGGGAGCUGCGAGGCAGGGCAUGUGGGGGUUUUUAGAUCUCUUUAGCGUCGCUUUUUUCCCCCAGGGGUGGCGGUCCCAGCCAGUUUGGUGCUCACGGGGAGAGAGAAUUAGUAUCUGUUUGCCAACUGGCCCACCCACCGGCCCAACACCAGGGGCUUCCGUUCUGUGCAGGUGGGAGAACUAUUUCCUUCCUGGCCGCCACAUUCCUGAUACUAGUUCUGAUUUCUUUUAAUAAAUGUUAUCAUGAUUAAGACAAUUUCCCGCACUUUAAUGGCAAAUUAAUUGAGAAUGUAAGAAAAUCGAUGCUGUCAAAGGCCAAUAAAGCUGUUUAUUAACCCUGA